CCCGGAAGUGCCGUGACAGCUCUUGUCAAAAAUCCUUCAUCCCUUUCGUGGAACUGCGAAACAAAGCUUGCCAAGAAGCUCAGGCUUUGGACGGACACGCAGCACUGACACACCUACAGACAGAGAGACCCGACGGACACAGUCCAGCUGGCUAGUCAUGGCAGCAGCAAGUGGAACAGAUGUGUGAGGGACUUUGAUCUAGGGUGCCCGAAGCUAUUUCGGAGUCUGGACGUCCUGUUGAAUUGGAGCUCUCCGUAGGUGUCGCAGGUGUCGUUUAAGAGGUCCCCAGCUUGACUUGUUAUUGGUCCUCCUCUCCUCUACACACCCCAGACCACCUCAGUCAACACCUGGCUGGUGCUUUGGCCCCAUUCGGGUUCUCUCUGCAUCAAGGCUGGCAAUGUCCAGAGUCCCAAGCCCCCCAUCCCCGGCGGAAAUGUCCAGCGGCCCCGUGGCUGAGAGCUGGUGUUAUACUCAGAUCAAAGUGGUGAAGUUCUCCUACAUGUGGACCAUCAACAACUUCAGCUUCUGUCGCGAGGAGAUGGGAGAGGUCAUCAAAAGCUCCACUUUCUCCUCAGGAGCCAACGACAAACUCAAAUGGUGUUUGCGUGUGAAUCCUAAAGGUCUGGAUGAGGAGAGCAAAGACUAUCUUUCACUUUACUUGCUCUUAGUCAGCUGCCCGAAGAGUGAGGUGCGCGCCAAGUUUAAGUUUUCUAUCCUCAAUGCUAAGGGAGAAGAGACCAAGGCCAUGGAGAGCCAGAGGGCGUACCGUUUUGUCCAGGGGAAGGACUGGGGUUUCAAAAAGUUCAUUAGGAGGGACUUCCUGCUGGACGAGGCCAACGGUCUGCUGCCCGAUGACAAACUGACGCUUUUCUGUGAGGUGAGCGUGGUGCAGGACUCUGUGAACAUCUCGGGCCAGAACACAAUGAACAUGGUGAAGGUUCCUGACUGCAGGCUGGCCGAGGAGCUCGGAGAUUUGUGGGAAAACUCCAGGUUCACCGACUGCUCCCUGUGUGUCGCUGGCCAAAAAUUCCAGGCGCACAAAGCCAUCUUGGCAGCUCGCUCGCCGGUGUUCAGUGCCAUGUUUGAGCACGAGAUGGAGGAGAGUAAGAAGAACCGUGUGGAGAUAAAUGACGUGGAGCCAGAUGUCUUCAAAGAGAUGAUGUGCUUCAUCUACACAGGCAAGGCCCCCAACCUGGACAAGAUGGCUGAUGACCUGCUGGCUGCAGCUGACAAGUACGCUCUGGAGAGACUGAAGGUGAUGUGUGAGGACGCUCUGUGCACGGGUCUGUCUGUGGAGAACGCCGCAGAGAUCCUCAUCCUCGCCGACCUGCACAGCGCCGACCAGCUCAAGACGCAGGCUGUGGACUUCAUCAACUAUCACGCAGCUGAUGUGAUGGAGACAUCGGGCUGGAAGUCCAUGGUGAUCUCUCACCCACACCUGGUAGCAGAGGCCUAUCACUCCCUGGCCUCGGCCCAGUGCCCCUUCCUGGGUCCCCCGAGGAAACGCCUCAAACAGUCCUAGUGGUCCGGAGAGAGACUCUUCAGUCCUAACCCUGCUGUGUCCUCCUGUACCAGCGACCUCACUGGUCCUCCCUCCCAGUCCUCCUCUCGCUCCUACAGCAUCCAGAGACGCUCAAGACUGAAACCCAGGACUUGGCUAGAUAUGGCUAGGGGAGCUUCUCAGCUGGGCAGAACAGAGACUGAUGCCACAGAGGAGGUACUACACAUCUCUGUUGGUGGGGAUGGGGUGAAUUCUAUAAGAUCUGAACCUGGAUAUUUAUGGAUUGCAAGCUCAAAGCCUCACGUAUUCCAUAUAUCCUUUGUCUACAAUAUUGGAAAGCUAGAACCUUUAUCUGCGAGUCAGUCACGUAAAGAAAUGAUCUUCUGGCUUGAAACAGAAAAGUCAAUGCUGAGUCCCUGUAAAUACAAUUUUGUGGCAUAUUGUCUUGUACAGUGUCUCGAGUGUUAAAUCCCGAACUGUGCUUAUAAAAAGACAAGAGAAGAGGAUCAACCAACCAGAAAGCGAGAGACUGUUGUCUUUGUAUAAAAUUUCUGUUUUUCUAGAACAUUAAUAAUUCUCAUUUUGAAUGAAAGGAGACAAAUGUGAACACGUUUUAAUGUUCGCUAUUGUUUAAGCCUGUGUCUUAAACCGGGCAGACACUGUAUGGAUUAAGCCCGAGUUUAACCCUGAAUUGUCACUUCUGACUCAUUUCAGAAUCUGGAUGAAUUUCUCUCAGAUGAGCUGCUGACAUGCGGUUUGAGGGCAGUCACGAUGCCUGAUCAGAGGUCUGAGUGAUCAGUGAGCUGAUCUCUCACAGGUCAGAAAUUUUGAUCGGCUUUCUUGUAGCAGUUCCACAGUCGGAUUUCCUACAUGGCUGCUGUCAAAAGCUGCUGUCCGAUGUGUAUUUUACAUGUUGCAGAACACAGUUUCCGUUCUGUUUCUCUCUUUUUGUCCACCUUGUUGAGGAAUAAUGAGCUCCGUGCCAUGGUCAGUCAGUCAGUCUGUGUCGUGUCAGUGUAAAAGUCGUGGGUUCUGGCCAUGCAAACAGUCCGAUUAAAACAUGUAAUGUAAGUUAACACAACAUGGAAAAUGAAUAAAAACGCACAGUGUCUGCCCAGCUUUAAGGAAUAUAUCAGAGACCCAUCACUGAAAAAAACACAUUUUUUAUUUACCUUUUUUUUUUCUUUUUUUUACCUCCCUAUGACUGAAACAAUGGUUUGGUCCCUGAACCUGUAAAAUACAGAUGCUUUAAAUGUCUCGGGCAUGACGGUGUCUUUUUCAUACUUGAUAGCUUCAUUAUUUCUCAUUAUGCAGUUUGGUCAGUUACUGACUCAUUAAUGCACAGCCUCUUUCAACUUGCUGCCAGAUCAGUGUGUGUGUGUGUGUGUGUGUGUGUGUGUGUGUGAAUAACACAUUUCAGUUUCAAGCUUAAUCUUGUCAUGAUCAAAGUUCAAUCCCCGGAGCACGUGCUGCUCCCCUUGUCUGAUCACAAGGGCUCGUAUCCAGCUGUGUAGUAUGUAGACUCAUCUCUCAGUCAUGGUCGCAGGCCUGUUUGACUUGGUCUCUGUGGGCUUGCUUGGAGAACAUACAGGUUGUAAUCGCUUCUCGGAGAGUCGGACCUUUCUCUUUGACAGUAUUUUAACAGGGAUUUCUCUGUGUUGACCAAAGUUGAGGCCCAGCGGGCUUUGAGGUAGCUCAUUCCUGAGCCCUGCAAAUCGCUCCUCAUCAAACAGUCAGCCAUAACCGCUGAUCGCUGGGGAUAUCCUGGCAUCGUCCGGGCACUCGUCACACUGAGGGAAGACCAUUAUUCGUAUUACAGAGAGCGCGCUGUAGCUUCAUAAUGGACCACCUACGGUACGAGUAGGACUGAUGGUUCUGUUACGUCAAUCAUAUUUGCUGAGCAGCAUCAUGGAGGUGUGCUGGACAGUUCAAUGCAAAGAACAUAUUUUAAACAUUAAACAUGUUUUAAAAAUUUGGGGGCAUUUUGUGCCUUUAUUAGAGAGUGAACAGAUGAGGCAUGACAGGAAGUCAGGAGAAGGAGAGAUGGGAAUCACACACAACAGUGAUUCCAGGUCAGACCUGAGCUUGGGAUGUUGGGAUUCACGUUGGGAUUCAUUCACUGAAAACUGUGGUAAUCUUCCUGCACAUAGCAGACGCCUUUGUCUCAGACUCAUCAUCUGUCAUCAGACCGAAUUAUCUUUAUUGUUUGGUGGGGUUUUUUUUUUGUGUUUGCUGUUUAAGUUUACAGUUAACUAAACUGACAAGUGUUGCAUUUGAUUGUUGUAUCAGAGUUAAUGAGUGAUCACAUUACUCAAAAUUCCCUGUGCAUCAGCACCUUAAAGAGCAUAUAUGAAAAGUUUUCAUGGGACUUUAUAAUCAAGCUGAUUAUAGAGACUUGCUUAAAUUUAUGUUUUGUGUCCACACU